CUAGGCCCGAGACGAAGCCCCCCCGCGUUUCCUAGUUGGCGGCCGGACUCGGAGAGCUCCCUCCUCCUCCUCCCCCGCCGCCGCCGCCGAAGGACCUCUCGCAGCAUCCAUGUCAGGGACGGAGAAGUCGCCUGCGCCGCUGCCCGAGCGAGCGAUCCAUGGCUUCGUCAUCUUCCUGGGGUCCAUCGUGGCGUUCGCCGUGUACGUGGUUUGGGCCGUGGUGCCGGACGAGUGGCUGCACGCCGUAGGGCUCACCUACUUCCCCCAGAAGUACUGGGCGGUGGCCGUGCCACUGUAUCUGAUCGUGUCCGUCGGCUUCCUGGUGAUUGUGCUGCACGGACUCAACAUCAUGAGCACGGCGCCCCUAGACUCCAUACACACAGUGACGGACCCCUACGCCUGGGCCCAGGAGGAGGGCGAGGCCCCUGAGGGGGGGGUGCCACUGCUCAGAGACCUCGACAUCUCCCUCGUGAAUCGCAGACUCUACGGGGUUCCUGAUGCUGCGGCCCGGAACGAGGGAGAGUCUGCGCCACUCUGAGCCCGCCCGGCCUCGUCACAACAGCAGCGGGAUGAGGAGGAUGAAGAGGAACGGUCACCACUGCGACCGGCAGCCGUUGGUUGUUUUUCCCCACUGCUGACGCCACCACGCGUCGCCAUCGCUUCUUUCCUUCCUGCCACAUCAAGCAGCUGGUGUGCUCGGCACCUGACCUCGGAGGUCGUGACCUUCUCUUCUCAUCCAGUGUCUAACACCGCACUGCAGGUCACUCCUCCCUCUCCACACUGCAGGUCACUCUGCACACUGCAGGUCACUCCUCACUCUGCACA